AUGAGCGGCGUAGGCCCACCUAUCUUCCCCCUAGAGUCGGUCUCGAGAGCUCAGCUGCAGGAACUAUGCGAGAUCCUAUGGCAUCAGCCGAAAGAUGCGGAUGCUACUUCAUCACAGCCCUGGGGAACACAUUCGCCGCAGCAAUCGCGAAAGACCAAAUUGGAACCAUACUUCCAGUUCUAUAGGGAGAUGACAGCUUCGUACAUUUACGAUGCUUUCCCGCCGGACGAAGUCCAGGCAUUGAGAUCGCACGAAGACCUCUUUAACAUCGCAAGAUUAAUCAGGGACAAAUCAGAUGUGAAAAGGGCAGAUUUGGUGAAGGAUUACUUCGACAGUCGUAGGGACGACGGAGAAACGCUCCCUGAAGACGAGGAUCGAGCUUUCAACCUCGCUGUCAGAGUGAUGCUAAUGGUUGGCUGCUCUUUCGAGGGCCAGAUUGGCGGGCUCCUGGAACUUGGGACGGAACCCAGCAUUUGGCGGAACGAGCAGUCGCUUCAAGAUUUCGUUUCGGCUACGUUCCCCACCAGACAUAACCCGGUCCUCGACGACGACGAUGUAUUGCCGGACAUGAAGUCAGCUCUGAGAGCGACAAGACUAAAGAAGGUCGCCGGUUUGACCUUUGAGGGUACAGAUGACCUCAGAAACCACCUUCGAUUGAACCAUAAAACCGGCGUUGUCGAGGUGUUCCAUCAUACCACCGUGCUAAAGGAGUAUCUGAGGGCUUCCAAGGAUCAGAUUGGUCAAGGAGCUAGCAGUCUUUUACCUCGUCAGCUUGCUCUCGAGACCAUAGACUCUCUGCAAAAGGUGUUGUUUCCUCUUGACAAGGAUUCUCAGGCUCUUCUCCUAUCCCUGGUCUCGAAGCAAUCUCUAGACCCCGAUUGCCGCAGUCUGAGCUACCCAUCUUAUCGGCACGAACACGAAAGAAAGGUCACGUACCAGUAUUGGGGUUCCCGGCUGGUGGAUCUAUAUGAGGAACUCGAGAAUCCAAAGCCACGAGAUACGCUUGGUCUAUGGCUGAAAGCGAACAGCAAGGAACGCCACGUGAUGCUGGCAACGCUGGUGGGGGUAAUGAUAGCUAUUAUCUUGGGCAUUCUCAGUCUCGUCGUCGGGAUCUUCCAGGCUUGGGUGGCGUAUGAGGCUUGGAAGCAUCCUGUAAAGGAGACCCCUGAGAAGUAG